AUGAGGGCUGCGUCGGUCGUAUUCUGCUUUCUGGCUGCUACAGCCAGAAUCAAACCCGCUUUUGCUGACGGCGACGAUGGCCACCAGGUAGAAGAGGACUCGAUAGGCGACGUGGACAUGCAAAUCACCCCAACAUCAGGCCAGGCGAUGCCAACAGACAACUUUCGGAUUGAAUGGUCAUACGACGGCUACCUGACUGGAUCGGCCACUAUGCAGUUUUCUUAUGACAGCGAAGACGCCUAUGGGGCCUUUUACACGACUGUCGACUGGUCCGAAAGCAGCAUAACACUCCCCCCGAGCGUUCUGCCGCACGUGGCCCCGGGGUCAACAACCUCUUUCGCCUGGCUAUGGGCCUACACCAUUACAUCCGGCGAUGGUUAUGAGGAUUCGGACUUUUGGUCGGUUUACCCUGACAUCGCGCUUUAUGCGUCGACCACUCCUACAUCAACGACGACUACUACCCACACGACCACGACUCCUACAACCGAUACUUCGGGCCCUACGCCUCCUCCGGUGUCCAACACCAACGACCCAGAAAGUGAAGGCCUCUCAACCGGAGGAAAAGCAGGCAUCGGAGUCGGAGUCAGCGCCGGGGCUAUCCUCAUUGCCGCGGGAGCAUUCCUUGUCUUCCGUCGUCGAAAGCGUCAAGAAUCCAAGACGAUACGCGAGAUUCCUUCUGCCAGUGCCACGAACCUUGCCGGGCCAGGACCUAUGUCUGCGUGGAAGCCGGCUAACACCUCGUCGUCUGGGAACAGCUAUGAGAUGAGCUGA